AUGGCUCUCCCAGAAGGCGCAAUUAUCCGCCAUGCCGUCCGCGAAGAUGUCUCCACCAUCCUCCGCCUAAUCAACGAGCUCGCUGACUACGAAAAAGCCCUCUCCUCCGUCCAAGCCACCGAAGCCACCCUCCUCGAAACCCUCACCUUCGCCCUCAGCAUCACCAAUUCCCCGCACCCCGACCUCCUCUCCACCACCCCCGCCCGCCCUGCCGCCACGCUCCUCGCAUUCACCCCCGAGGGCGAGGUCGCUGGUAUGGCGCUGUACUUCUAUAAUUACUCUACCUGGCGCGCGCGUCCGGGCGUGUACCUCGAGGACUUGUAUGUGAUGCCUAUCGUGAGGGGGAAGGGGUACGGGAAGGCGCUGCUGGGGAAGGUGGCGGCGGAGGCGAGACGGGUGGGGGCGGGGAGGCUGGAGUGGUGCGUGUUGAAGUGGAAUACGCCUAGUAUUGAGUUUUAUGAGAGUGAUGCGGUGGGGGCGGUGAGGAUGGAUGACUGGGUUACGAUGAGGGUUGAGGGGGAGGGGUUGGAGAGGUUGGGGAGGGACGAGUAG